CGUUACAACUUUGUCACUGUGGAAUAAUUGAAAAUAUGUUAGGCAAUGAUGAGGCUGUUGCAACCGUGUUUAAUAGGAUCGGAGAUAAUGUCAUUGUCGGCGUCUCCAGCGAAUUCUAUGCCCGGUUAUGUCAUGAUGUCAAUGAGCAUUACAAUGCACUUUGGAACAGAAGGAUGGCAAGCUUAAGGCACAACUAUUUCAACACUCCAUGGGCGUUCAUCUCCUUUCUUGCUGCAGCUUUCUUGCUGCAGCUUUCUUGCUGCAGCUUUCUUGCUUCUGCUUACCCUGCUUCAAACGACAUUUACCAUUUUUCCUAGAAACUAAUAUUUGAUGUAGAGUUAGUGAUAACAAAAUUUGUCAUUUGUU